CUGCCGUCACAUGUUCCGAAAACGCACGGGCCAGUUAUCAAAAAGCUAUCCCACCAGAGACAACAUUGAUCGUGAACACCACGCCUCGGAUCUUGAGCUUCUAUACAAUCACCACCACAGCCACCUACAACGAUAUUUGGGCUUUCCCACGCUGUUUAAGAGCUCAUACAUAGAUCUCUCCAGUCAAAAUGCCGCAAGCACAGCCAGAAUUGAAGAAGUACCUCGAGAAGCGCGUUCUAGUCCAGCUAAAUGGAAGCCGUAAGGUUAUGGGUGUACUCCGCGGAUAUGACGUCUACCUAAACAUUGUCCUGGAUGAAGCUUUGGAGGAGAAAGCUGGCGGCGAGAAGGUCAGGAUAGGCAUGGUCGUUAUUCGAGGCAACGCAGUUGUUAUGCUCGAGGCCUUGGACCGUAUCAACCAGGACGUUCCCAAGAUCGGACGAUAAGACCUGACCGCGACUGAAAGGACUACGCGAUUACAGUAGUACAUUGGGCGGAAGCAGACAGGCAGAAUUGGCAGACUUUGGCAUUACAAGGCGCAUCGGCGUUCAAGGCGCAAGAAAUCG